AAUGAGAAUGAAAGCUAAGAUGGAGAGUUGCGUAAGAUAGAAUAUAAAUAGAAUUUUACUGUUUGUUUUUUAAAGAAAACGAGUCGCAGUGGAUGUGUAUGUUCAUAAACUAGUUUAGGAAGUGUGUAGAUAGUUAAACUAUACCGCUGUUUUUGUUUUAAGUGGCUUUUUCCACUGUUUUACAGUAAAUAACUGGGCAGAACUCGUGGCUGGAUAUAUGGGUCUGAGCUGAAUGUAGUGUAGUUAGUUAGUAGGUGUGUGGCUGUAUGAGUGAUGCAGUCAGUCAGUGUAAUGUAAAGUAAUGGCAUGGCAGAAUGGAGCGCUACUCCUGCCUCUCUUCUUCACCCUCAACUUAUUCAUCUGGCUUUUUCCUGAAGCUUCAUGUGGACAGAAUGCAAGUUGCUGGUGGAAUAACGUCUCACAUGAUGGCCAGGUGUCCAUAGAGUGCCAUGCAAAUCCACCCAGUUUCCUGCAGAAGUGUGGGCAGUGUCGACUUCGUCUUACCACGUCUGAAAACACAACCCAGGCUGACCUUCACCAAUGCUCCCGCAACGCUGCAAAUUUCACCGCUGUUCUGUCACCGCAGGCAAUGCAGGAUGUACAGGCCAAGCUCUGGUGCCCUGACCAAGGACCUCAGGACUGUAUUAUAAAAGAAGGAUAUCCACCUCCCACCUGCUUGAUCCCAGAUUUCGAAUAUGAGCGGAAAGUAAUCCACUGCUUCUGGGAUCACCAUUCCUCAAAUCUUUACAACAUCACCCUUCACUGGGAGGAGGUCCCUAAAAGCAGGGACCAUGGCUAUAGUCUGUGGGAAGGUGACAGAGGCAGGAUCCUUCGUACUGAUUUUGUAUAUUUUGAAAAAAUCAGAGUGCGGGUUUCUGCUGAAAGCCCAAUGGGCUCUGUGCAUUCAGACUUUGCAGACUUCCACACAGGCAGCAUCCGAGAGCCAAUCCCUCCUGAGUUUACCAGUAACACAUUUAAUCCCUUGGAGAUCUUCUGGAAUGUGGAGAGAGAAGACGACAACGUUGAGAAAUGCCACUGUGAAGUGCGUUACAAGAACGAGUGGACGCUGGACUGGACAGAGGUCAAAGAUACAUUUGAGGGAGUCUAUGUGCUGCAAGACACUGAGCCGUUCACCAACUAUACGUUUCUCGUUCGCUGUGGGUUUGGUGAUUACCAAGAAGGCAUCACUAUGAGUAACUGGUCCUCGUACACCGUUCAGACCCCUGCUGCAGCUCCGGUUGGAAAACUUGAUGUUUGGAGUAACUGUGAGGCUGAUUUAGAUGAGCCCAUCUGCCACAUCCUAUGGAAGGAGAUGCCAAAGAUCGAGGCGAGAAGCCAGAUCGACGGUUACAGGAUGAGUGUGAAGCUGAAUAAUGGCUCAGAGUUGGGCAGUGCCGAGUACAAGGCUGCACAGUGCAAACAGUGUGAGACGGUAGCGGAUUCAUGUAAAAGCUGUCCCCAAGAGCAGUGCCAGUGCUGCAUCCAGGUUCCUCUCCAGGAUGUAAAGGACAUUCGUGUGACCGCUAAUUCAUUGGUGGGGCAGAGCCGUCCAGCACUCGUGGCGUUACCCAGAACAGGUCUACCAAUACCUGAGGUGAAUAUGACGGUGAAAAUGAAGAGCCAGUCGCUGGACGUAUCGUGGUCAGCGCCUCAGCAGUUCAGUGAGAGCAUACAGGAGUAUGUAGUGCAGUAUAAGCUUAUAGGACUACCUCACCAGCUGUGCCUGGACUGGACCAAAGUUAACAAAACCACAAAUUCCGUCAGACUCAAAGGUCAGUUUCGUAACUACAAACGUUACAAUGUGUCCCUGUUCGCCGUCAUCAACAACGGGAGCCGAUUGCUCCAGUCUGAUGUUGUGUACGCUGUACAAGGAGUGCCUCCAAAAGUCACAGGUGUGAAAGUUACAGAAAUCUUCCCAUCCAAAGUAAAACUGACAUGGAAACCCAUUCCACUUGAAAAAAGCAAUGGAUUUAUUCUGGAGUACUUAGUGGGCAUCGAUAAUCACACAGUGUGGAAUGUGAGUAAAGAUGAGAACAGCACCAGGGUGCCAUGUGACCUGGAUCCUGGAAGGCUGUAUGAAGUGUGGAUCUGUGGGGUGACUGUGGCCGGGGAGGGAGAAAGGACAACUGUCAGGUUCACCACAUCUCCAGCUGAUUCCAGCUUCUCAAUUACAGUAUUCUUCACUUUUCUGAGCUGUUUAAUCAUCAUAAUAUCGGUUGUUGUAAUAAUUUGCUGCUGUUCACGAUCCAAGUGGAUUUUGAAGUUCUUUAAAGUCCCAGACCCCAUCAACAGCAAGUUGUUUCAGUCAAUGAACAAUCAGUUCCGACAAUCAUGGCUUGCAAACCCCUCGGAGUACACACUGACCGUCUCCCAGGUGGAGGUAUUCAUAAUCCCUGAAAACCCCCUAGACCCAGAGGAGGAGGAGGAAGAGGAGGAGGAACUCAUAGUUGGUUUACCUCAAGUUGAGCCCCAGCGAACUCAUCCAGAGACGGACAGAGACCGCGAGGAAGACGGUGAUAAAGAGCUACACAAGCCUGGAGAAAUAGAGACGAUUGAUUCCAAGCAUCUUCCUGGGACAAAUAACUACAGUCAGAUGCUCGACAGCAGUGAGGAGGAGGCCAGCAGGGAUGAUGAAUAUGAGGAAUGGGAGGAGCAGGCUUGUCCUUCAGACUACGAGAAACAUUUCAUGCCCUGCAUUCAGGAUGCAUAAUUUCUUUAUGUUUUAUUUUUCCACCAGGAAGCUUGAUGAUUUUUUUUUUUAUUUAAAGUGCCUACUACUGUGUAUACAAUCUAUAAAAAUGGGGGCGGGGUUUUGUACAGAUUUUUCAGCACUGGUAAAGAUCCUAUGUGGCAUUUCACUGCAUGAAUGAUUCAAAAACACUCAUAAUUUUUAAGUGGUCUCUUUUUUUCCAGAGCUGUAACCUCAGAUGGGUCAGUUGUUAACUUGUGCACUUUGAUCAUACCCACUAGAGACAAACUUGGGGUGCCGUGACUGACUUCCUAUGUGAACAUAGGGUUGUUGGUUCACUAGCGCCCCUAAAAUCAGGCAUUGAAGGCACGGAAUUGCACCAACAGGGUUCUAUUAUUCUUACAAACAAAGAUUUUCAGUGUUAAGGCAAUAUUAUGUUGCUUUGACUGGCCCUCCAAAGAAUCUGUCUCUGAUAGUGAGAUCAUGCUUUUGCAGACUGUCUAAAUCUGCUCUGACUUUCUCACUGUUUUUAGACCAAGUCUUACACAAAACUUUAAAAUCAUAAUUUUUUUAAAUCGUCAUUUCUAGAUUCACCCUAAAAAUCAUAAACUUGCUUUGACAGAUCAUCAGUCCUCCUGUUUAAAGAAUCAACUAUGAUCUGUACACAAGUUUUGAAGCUUUUUUUUCUGUUGUUCAAGCAAAGUUCUGUUGAAAUCCUUCUGUUGGUCCAGUAAUUCACGCACUUAAGUCAUUGUGACAUAUUCCUCAGUGUUGUGUUGUUAAAAGCUUUAGGUGGCAUGGUUUGGUGCUCAGCCUUCAAGACCCAGUAGGCCCAAAUUUCUAGAUAAAGUCUAAUUUUGUACGAAACUCUUAUAAUGUCUGCAGUUUCUUUGAAAAAAAAGUUGCUUUGGCUCUUCUUAUUGCAAUUAGGAAAAAACUUGAACUUUUAUGCAAGAUUUCUUAGAUCAUCAUCAGAUUGAAGAAACUGCCCUGAGCAAAGAACUUAUUAAUGAGGAGACUGACCAGCCUCUGACUCUAGUAUGAAUGAGGAAAACCUGCCCUUCAACAAAAAGAGACAAAAAGAACAAAGGAGCCUCCCAUUACUAUGGAGAUCUGUGCAUGCGCAGUAGCCAUAACAAGCUGAAAAAAAUAUGUUUUUUGUUUUCUUACGUAUUUUAUCUGUGAUAUAAAAUCAGUUUUGAUUAGUUUGUUCUCCCCCAUUGAAACAGAUAGCAGGCUGGUCUUGCAUGAGGGGAUAUAAGCGCAUGACCUACUUGCUGAGUGAACUGAGUUGCUUGUAAAGACUUUCCCCUGCACAUCAACAGAAGGAAAAUCAGAGUCGGAUUAUACAGUUUCUUUUUGUUGCCGCACUUCUAUUGAUUAGUGUCUCAUUAAAUCAGUCGGACACACAGUACUGUCUUACUUCUAUCUGAGUGCAAUGCUGCAUUGUCAAUACAAUAUCAUCAUAUGCUAUUUUGAAAAUGUGUUAAAAUAAUAUACAAUUAUCUGAAUGUUGAAUGUAACUGGAGGUAAAUGGAAUAUUUUGUAUAUGUUACAUUGAUUAGUACAAUCAUUGUGACCAUAUAAAAAGCAGCUUAACUCAAUGUACUAUUUGAAUCUAUUUAAAGACACUCAGGGUGCUUAAGUUCAUUCAUUUGUAUCAAACUAACAGUAUUGACUGAAAUGUUAUGCAAAAAUAUGGUGUAUAUUGUGCACAUGAACAACAAUGACUGAUUAAUACAACGGUUACACAUUAUCCAUAUGUUCAUGGAUCAUCUGGUGCCUUGGCAUAAAAGGUGCUCAAGUGUUGAGACCAAAUGUAGAAUUCUCAUGAAAGCCAGCAAUUGUUAUAUGAUACACAAUCUAUGUUUGACACAUUUUGCACAGAUAUUCAGGGGAAUUUUAAUGUUUUAAAUGUUUAUUAGUUAAAAUUUACAAUCAACUUUGCCUUCUUUUCUAAUAAAUGAUAUACUUUGUUUACAAA